UGGAGAGAACCUGGAGAAUACAAUGGCCGCCUUCCAACAUGCAGUUAACAUUGGAACUGAUAUGUUAGAACUGGAUUGCCAUAUUACAAAAGAUGAACAAGUCGUAGUGUCGCAUGACGCAAAUCUGAAGAGGUCAACUGGAAUCAAUGUAAAUGUCUCUGAUCUCAAAUAUUGUGAGCUCCCACCUUACCUUUGCAAACUGGAUGUCCCAUUUCAGAGAGCAUGCAAGUGUGAAGGAAAAGAUAACCGAAUUCCAUUGCUGAAGGAAGUGUUUGAGGCCUUUCCUGAGACCCCCAUUAACAUCGACAUCAAAGUCAACAACAAUGUACUGAUUAAGAAGGUCUCAGAACUGGUGAAGCAGUAUAAGAGAGAGCACCUGACUGUGUGGGGCAAUGCCAGCUCUGAGAUUGUGGAGAAAUGUUACAAAGAGAACUCAGAUAUCCCAAUACUCUUCAGCCUACAGCGUGUUCUACUCAUCCUUGGUCUUUUCUUCACUGGCCUCUUGCCCUUCGUGCCCAUCCGAGAACAGUUCUUUGAAAUUCCAAUGCCUUCUAUCAUACUGAAGCUAAAAGAACCACACACUAUGUCCAAAGGUCAUAAGUUUCUCAUCUGGCUUUCUGAUACCCUAUUAAUGCGGAAAGCUUUAUUUGACCACCUCACUGCCCGGGGCAUCCAAGUAUACGUUUGGGUUUUAAAUGAAGAACAUGAAUACAAAAGAGCUUUUGAUCUGGGAGCCACUGGAGUGAUGACAGAUUACCCAACAAAGCUUAAGGACUUCCUUAAUAAUUUUCCCAAUUAAGUAAGAAAGAAAGGGUCUCAGAAUUACUCAAUAGAGACACGACGUGAAAAGAUCUGAGGAAAAGUGUGCCACCAUGGUUUCUCUGAGAUUUACAGAAUGGUAAAAAGGUGUAAUCAGUUAAGUUCUUAUUACCUCAUUUUAAAGCCUGUAUGGGAAUGUAGAAACUUCUCUAUACUGUAUAUUUAUUUUUCAACAUUAUUGCAUAUUUUACAUUGGUAACUUGUUUCGAAAGAUAACUGGCUAUGAGAUGUAAAGUAGAUCAUUGAUCAAGAUGGCUAUAUGUGAUGCAGUAGUCUUCUAUUGUAAAUCUGAAAUCAAAGACUAGAGGCCGAAUCAGGCAUCAGCCUUCACUGAGAACAAGAUCAGCUAUAGGAAAAGAAGAUUAUUGAGCUGGGCAUGGUGAUGUGAGCCUAUAAUCCCAGCACUUGGGAGCCUGA